AUACAAUUACGGAACGGUACAGGAGCAACGUUACAGCAGUUACCCAAACCCGGUGCAACAAGUUUUGAAAAAUCAAAUCUAAAACUUCGAGAGAUCUAUCCUAUCUAACAACGGUCUUUCUUUAUGGGUAAACAAGUAGUCAUUCAAAAAUGUUGAGUGUGAGGAUAUCUGGAUUGCCUUUGAGGGGCUACCAUCAGUACAAGAAGAGUCAGUGUGAAGGAUUAAAAAAAGGGGAAAAGUUGAAGCUGGAAAUUGAUAAGGAGAGGUAUCUUGGCACAGCAACAUUUCCUGUAGCAGCUAUUAGAGAAACAAGUGGUUUAAAGAUAGGGCAGAUACCAAAAGAGUAUUCUUGGUGUUUCAAGGUGAUUUUAAGAGCAGAUUAUGUACAAAUGAUGGCCAAAGUUGUAAGUGAGGAGCCUGUAAAACGAAAUGGGGAAGAGAUCAUUUGCAGAUUUUUUAUAGAUGCAACAGAUAGUCCAGAUGUACACAAUGCACUUGAUAAUCUCUAUAAAAUUCUUCAAGAUUCCUGUUGGGACUUCUAUAAACCAAAGAUGGAACAGUUCAUGAAGGAAGGCAAAAAAUGGGUAUAUAAGGAAUGGUCAAUCAAAACUGAGGAUGAAGAUCCGCAGAAACAAGAUAAUAUUCCUGAGGAACUGAAGGACAAUCCAUUUACAAGGGAACAAUUCGAGAAAGCUAUAUCUGAAGGGGAAGAGCGUGAUAAAUCAUUGAGGAUUAUGGUGAUUGGGUGCUAUGGACAAGGGAAGACGUCAUUGGUGAAGAAAUUGUUCAAAGAGAAAGUAAAAAGAAAUGUGGACAGCACAAAUGGAAUAGAUGUCAUUCACUUUGAUGUAAAAUCAGAUUACACUUGGGAAAGAAGAAUUAUUGAUACUGAUGUAGAUACAGAUGCAGCAAGAAGGCUGGCAGCAGUAGUUUAUCCAAAGGAUGGACAAGACAAGAAUAAUCAGUAUGCAACGAGGAGAAAAAGACAUGAAGAUCGUUCCAGUACAGAGGCUGAAACAAAAGUCAAUGCGAAGAAAAUAAAGGUAGAGGCAAGUUGUAGUUACACAAAUAAUGACUCAGAAGUUGUAAGCGAGUCUCAAAGCCAAGGAGAAAUUAGUCGAACGUCCUCCAGUUACGAUAGUGACAUAUUUAAGAGUUAUUCAUCAGUAUUGAGCGAUUCAUCCCUGCAUGAUACAAACGAUGCAUAUUUGUCAGGGUCAGUCUGGGACUUUGGUGGUCAGUUUAUUUUUUACUCCACCCAUCAACUUUUCCACUCGAGACAAGCAAUUUAUUUACUGGUCUUUGAUCUGUCUUUGGGACUUGACACUAUUGUCGAAGAUGAGGACUUUCCUAACAAGAAAAAUGUGAAAACUUUAGAAGAUUAUUUAAGAUUUUGGGUUAAUUCUGUCCACUGUUUUGUUGGGUCUAAUGACGGAGAAGAACCCCAUAUCAUUCUGGUAGGUACACAUAAAGACAAAAUAAGUGCUGAUCAAGAUGUUGAUGAAUACUUUGAAGAAGUGCGAAGUAUCUUUGAUAACACCAAGCUGAUCAGGCAUAUAUACCCACAACAUUUUGCAGUUUCAAACAUCGGACAGGAUACACACGAUUUUCAAGAGCUAAGAGGAGCAAUAACAAGAUUAGGAAAACAUUUGUCAGAAGAAAGGGCACAUUUACCAGCACGAUGGAUCCUUCUCGAAAAGAUGUUGAAAGAAAAACGAUAUGAAAGAAUUACAUCAUUUGAUCAUGUUCUGGCCAUUAACAAAGAGAUCCAAUAUCCUUUGGCAGAAAAAGAUGAGGUCAAGUUGUUCUUGCAAUUUCAUCAUGCAAGAGGGAGUCUUUUCCAUUUCAAUGACAAAGAAUUGUCCAACUAUGUUGUCUUAGAUCCACAAUAUCUCAUUGAUGCAUUUAAAUGUAUUGUAACUUCAAGAAAGUUUUGUCUUACUCAGCCAAAAUUGAGAGAUGCUUGGAGACAGCUGUGUGAGGAUGCUAUUCUUCAGAAAGCUCUUAUUGAAGAAUUGUGGGAAACAAACACAAACUUCCUGCAGCACAAAGAGGUUUUACUAGGCUUCCUUCAAUGCCAUAGAAUUAUUGCCCCGGUGCUCAAGUAUAAUGAAACCAAAGAUAUUUCCAGCCACCCUGGACCCGUAGAUUGUUACAUUGUACCGAGCCUUCUCAAGAAUAAAUCUUCAGCUCGACUGGUGUCUAAGUUUAUCAAAUACAAGGCUCUGACAAAGGUGGCACUUGUAUACGAGUUUGAGAAUGACUGCAUUGUAGGGACAGUCUUUCAACGAUUCACAGCUGCUGCACUUGGAAGGUGGCCGCCUGUUUCUUAUAAAAAGCAAAGUUUGCUUUAUGAAAAUCUGAGUGUAUUUGAGAUUCAACUUGAUCAUGCAGGAAUGACAAAAUUUAGAGAUGGUAUGCUGGAGCUUUUAGUUGUCAACCUGUGUCCGUCCAAGCAAGUUUCCAGUGAGGUUUGUGACUUGUUCCGAUGUUUCUUUGAAGCAGUAGUAUUUUCGGAAUUUCGGAAGCUAUCAUGCAUUGGUGAAUCAGGAAGUCCUGGUGAAAGAAAAUUGUUUACAAGUUCAAUAAGGUGCUAUGAUGAAAUCCAUGGGCUUUACGGCAGUGACAAAAUGUACAAAUUAACGGAAGUAGAAAAUGCCAAGCCCAGUAUUCCUUGUCCAGACUUUAGUAGCCACACCUUCAAUGCUCAAGAUGGUCUUAAUAUGUGGUACAACACUGAUAUUAUUGAUAUAAAAAGUGUUCCAAAAAAGGAACUUACUGACCAAGAGUGCGUAACAUUGUCAACUGAAGUCAUUGGACGUGGGUGGGAGCUUCUAGCAUAUAAGCUGGGCAUCUCAGUAGUUGAAGUGGAACAUAUAAAUGACGACUUUCCUAAGAAAUCACAAAAGAUUUUAAGAAUGUUGAAGAAAUGGCAGGGUAAAAAACAUGAAAAAGCGACUCUGGAUGUUUUGGUCACAGCCAUCCGUAAAGUACGAGCCUCAGAGUUAACGAUUGAUGAAGAUAAACUCAAAGGAAUAAUUUAUGAGCUAGGUUGACACUUUGAUUAUUAACUGUGACAAAUUGUGAAUUGGAGCAAGUUCUUACUUAGGUAUGCAAUUUCUGUUUGAUAUUUUCUUUUCUUUUAAAAUGAAUUUGCCAAAGCAAGAUUGAAGCUUUUACAGUAUUUACUGUUAGAUUAUUUUGAUUUGUAUUGAUUGUGUGUAAAUAAGUGAAUUAAAGUACCUCUACUGAGAAAAAAAAAAAAAAAAAAAAAAAAACCCGUAAAAUUUCAAAGUCCUACAAAAAUGUGAAGCACUUAAAUGGAAAAAUCUGUAAAGGAUAAUUAUAAAUUUGCUGAAAAUUAAAUUGAAAAUAGAUUUCUCAAUUUAAGUUGUUUCAUUUUUGGGUUAUAUUGCGCAAUUAAAAUGGUGAUUCUGGAAAAGCGUGGAGAUGUGGUGAGCUGAAACUUUGCACAAAAGUUAUUGGUCUAGAUAUACAUUAGAUUGUACACAAAUAUUGGGGAAAAUAUUUCAAGAACGGUCAUGUAUAGAACCUCUGUGGAGUUCCUUUAAAAUACACAAUAACAAAUGUUUGGUAAAAAUCAAGGGAACAUCUUUUUGACUGACUUGGGUUCAAUUUGUUUUGGAUAUUUUUUAAGGUUGUAAAUAUUGAAACUUAAGGAUAAUAUGAUUUGAAGGAUGUCUUUAGUUGAUGUUGAUGCAAUUAUCUUAGCAUGAUUGAAAACUGUCAGCCGUCCAAAGUAUUUUAAAUGUGUUCAUGUAUUUCAUUUAUGUGUUCAGUAUUUGAUCUCUGUUAUACUAAAGACCAAUUUGAAAAAUGGCACUGUUAAGUUUUUUUUAAGAGUUUUUUUUAUGCCCCCGGGCAUAUAGUGAUUGAACCGUCAGUCCGUCCGUCCGUCUGUCUGUACGAGGUUAACCUAGAACGGAAGUUGGAUUUUUCUUAAGUUCUACCUGUACCAAUGGCUUCUAAGUUUACACAUUUACUAAUCAAUACAAAGUACAUGAUCUGGGCAAGUUACAUAACUGUGGCUUUCAUAUUUACCAAGUUAUUGCCCUUUUCAGCACUUACAAAAUGAAUAAUGGUUAACCUAAAACGGCAAGUUGGAAAUGUCUUAAGUUCUAUCUAUACUAAUGGCUUUAUAAUUUCCACACUUACUUAUCAAUACAAAGUACAUGAUAUUGCCAAGUUAUAUAACUGUGUCAUCCAUAUUUCCCAGUUAUUUCCCUUUUUUCACUUUGAAAGUAGGGCCUUGUCUGGUUAACCUAUUUCGGCAAGUUGGAUUUAUCUUAAAUUUCUCCUAAUUGCUUAAUUUCUUUAAUGAUAUCUUUCAUAUUUAGUAGGUGGAUACCUUUGAUGGUCCUCUAAUUUUUUGUGGAGUAAGCGGUCUCUAGGGUCAAGGUCACUGGUUUAAAAAAUAAAUAUAAACAUUUUUGCUCAUACAGCCUUUAUAUUUUAGUUGAUGUUUUAGUUUAAUACAAACAUGCCAAGGGAGGUCCUCCUUCUUUGUGUGUAGUAAGGGGUCAUUUGGGUCAAGGUCAAUGUUACCAAUGUCAAGGUCACCAAUGUUGAAAAUAGAUUUUUACAGGUGUAUUUACCUUAUUCUAUAGACAGAUGUUAUUUAUAAUUGAUAGAAACAUAAACUUUGAUGGAGUUAGUGGUCAGUUGGGUCAAGGUCACCAGUGCUAAAAAUAGAUUUUUACACAUUUGCUCAUACAGCCUUUAUUAAGUGACAGAUAUAUUUUAUAUUUCGUAGGAAGAUAACUUGCAUGGUCAUCAUUUUGAUUGGGGUAGGGAUCAGUGGGUCAAGGUCACUUGUGCUAAAAAUAGAUUUUUACACUUUUUGCUCAUACAGCUUUUAUUUAUUGACAGAUGUAUUUCAUAUUUGGUAGGAAAAUAACUUACAUGGUAUUUUUCUUUUGGAUAGAGUUAGGGUUCAGUUUGGUUAUGGUCACCAGUGCUAAAAAUAGAUUUUUACACUUUUGCCCAUACAGCCUUUAUUUAAUGACAGAUGUAUUUCAUAUUUGGUAGAAAGAUAACUUGCAUGAAGUUGAAUAUUUUUCAUCUUCACAAGUCAGAGCAAUGACUUGUCAACUUAUAUUUUUCACAAUUACAAAAUGCUUUGACUUUGUCAAGCUAUAUUAUAUAAACUUGUGUUUACAAUUUUUUGGCAAUUUUUCUGUCCAUAACUGAGUGAAUGGGUAAACAUUUUUUGAAAUCAAGAAUCUGAGCCGGGGGCAUUUGUGUUUAACAAACACGUUCUUGUUUGAAGUAAAGUUUGUUACUAGUCAGUCCCGUAUUGUUGAUCUCCUUUGUACUAAAGACCAUUUAAAAAAUGGCACUGUUAUGGAUUUUUUUAAUAAUUUUAUUACUGGUCAUACUGGUGUCUGUAUUAUGUCAACGAAAUUAUUUGUUUACUGGAUAGUCCAGUUAGUAUCAGUAUAAAUUGAUGUGAUAUGAAUUCAUUGAUCUCCUUCAUACUAAAGACCAUUUUAAAAAUGGCACUGUUAUGGAUUUUUAAAUAGUUUAAUUACUGGUCAGUCUGGUAUCAGUAUAAAUUGAUGUGAUACAAAUUCAUUGAUCUUGUUCAUACUAAAGACAAUUUUAAAAUGGCACUGUUAGGGAUUUUUUUAUAGUUUUUUUUAAAUAUUUUUAUUACUUGUCAGUCAGGUAUUCAGUGUCUUAAAGUGUCUACAAGUGAUAUUUCAUAUACAUUGUUGUGCCAACUUUCCCUUGUACAUAUUGACUAACAUAAACAAUAAGGAGUGUCUAAUGAUUGUAGGCAAUCAUCAAAUGAUGGUUUACAACUAGAAUUUCCUUUUAUCCUUUUGUUCAGAAAAUCCAUGACAAGGAUCAAGUUUGUUCAAAAUUGUGUCAAAUUUCAUUAUUAUAUAUACUCUUGUAGAAAUGUAUAUAGAAUUUUUUUCUUUGAAAUAUUGUUGUUGUAAAUAAUAGCUGUUUCAGUUGAUCAAAAACUUCCAUGAUUCAUACUAAAUGGGUCUUCAACCUAAUGCAUUUUAAUCGUUACCAUUUAAUCUCGUUUUGACUAAAGAAAUUUUCUACUAUUAUAAUGGAUAUUCCAUUUUUUUGCGGCAUUCUUUGGGUGAAGUGUAAGUUUGGUAGUUACAUUGUCUAAAUGACUGCAGAUUUGUUGACACGUUUUUGAAAUGUGUUCAGUAUUUUCAUAUUUGAUGCAUGUUCAGUAUAUUUACUAUGUGUUCAGUAUUUUUUAUCUGUGUUCAGUAUUUAAUUUGAUCUAUGUUAUAUCAAAGACCAUUUUAAAAAUGGCACAUUGUUUGGUGUGUAGAUAGUUUUGUUACUUGUCAUUACGGUAUAAGUGUAAUAUGUCACUGAGAUUAUUAUUUUACUGGUCAGUCCUGCCAGUGUUAUGUGACCUGGUGAAGUAUCCCGUUAAUGUAUCUAUGACUGAUAUUUGAUUACGACAUUGUUAUUCCUGCUCCUACAUCAUGUAGAUACCCUCACAUUAGGUACCAGAAUAAAGUUUUAAACAAACAUGCAGUGGUCAUUGUAUAAUGUACUUUUUUUAACCAAAGGCUUAAGUGUUCUUCAAUAUUUUAUCCCCAGAAAGUUAAUUGACCAGAAGGCAUCAUUAAUACUUAAGAAGCAAACAAUACUUUACAAGCAGCUGUCUUUAAAGAUUGAUUGUUCUUAAACAUAAGAAGAGUUUUAUGAUCACCACCAUGUGAAAGCAUCUGUGGAUGUUUGUUAUUUCUAUAUCAUACAUUGUUGUCUUGUUGGAAUGGUUCUGAAAAGAGUUUCUAGUAAAGUGGGUCACAGGAAUGGAGCAUUGUGUAGUGCGCUUUGUCACUCACAAAUAAUUUCGGUCAAACUAAGUCUGCACCAUUGUAAAUUUUGUUGGAUUUGACAUUCUAGAAUAUCUCCAUUUUGGAUUUUUGGAAUAAAGAAUUGUUGAUUGGACCUUUACAAAAAGCUUUAUAGGACAUACAUGUAUACUUUGCAAAUAAAAUAUUUGCCAUUGGUUUUGUUAGUUUCCAAAAAAAUCCCUGAAACUACAAAGCGUAAGGCUUACUUGUUAAUUUUAUUCUGCAUUGUCAAAAGAAGACAUAUCAUAACCUAGUGCUAGAAGUAGCCAAGAACAUUUUAAAUUUUAAAGAUUUCCAGGUGAGCAAUGUUUGCCCAAUAAGCCAAGCAAUAUUAUUGGUCCACUUAACUAUAAAGUAAAUAAAUAGAGAUACCUGUUGUAUAAAAAUAUAUCACAUAUCCUUCAUUUGAAUGAUUAUGAGCAUUUUCUCAUUAAACAAUAAAGAAGUUGUAUGAUUUUAAGUCCUGCACCCUCCUAUCUUGUGUCCGAGGGUUUGUGACAUCAGAAUCGCAGCCACCAUUUAUCCCUGCAUGAUCAGAGAGGCAACUAAAUGGAUUUGAAUUAUUGUAGUAUAUGCAUCUCUUAGCUGAAGCAGAUGAUGUGGUUUGACCCCUUGUGUUGCUUUAGAUUUGUAAUAUCCGAGGUUAACCAAAAUCAUCUUUCCAGUUUCAAUGCCAUAUGACCUAAAUUGUGUUUGUGUGUCAUAAAACCAAGCAAAUAAAAACCAAGCAAAACCUUUCAACUUUUUCACAUUCUUAUUUCUUGUAACGAGUUCAAAGAAUUAAAAUAGGCAGGUUGUUUUGAUAAUGAUUUAAUAACCAGUUGUUGAAAGAGCAUUAAAUGGUCACAUGUCCUCUUUAGUAAAGUUUUUUUUCUUCUUAUAAAGCGAGAUAAAUUAUGUGUUUAUGAUGACAUUUUAUAUGAAUUUUUCCCGCUAUUUAUAUGCAUGUGUUACCUUGACAACAGCAGUUAGUGAAUUAAACAGUCGUUUUCUUCUCUUUCUAUUUGAUUUGUCUUUUGAAACGGGUCAUGCCAAACUUUGCCGUAAUUAUCCUUUCAAUUGUAAACCUUUACAUCUUUGUUGGUGCCUUUAUCCCUUUACUCGUUACAGUUACUCGACCUCAUCUAUCUUGUACAUUUCUACAUCUUUUAUAAAAUUUUCUUCUUGAAAAUUUAAAAGGUUGUCAUCACUGUUGGAAUCAUUAUCACUUUUGCUUUCAGACAAAUUUAUUUAUUUCUGUAUUACAGUCCGUGGUUUGAUAGGUCUUGUUUGGUGUCAUGUGCAUGCUUGUUAGUUCAAAUCUAUGCAAAAUUUACUUUCUUCCCUUUUAAUAAAUAAAUUCAGUUCUCUCUCUGCCUUUUCACCUACAUCACCAUUCAUUUGACUGAAUGAAAAAAUCCACUCUCCUUUACAAUUGUGCGGAUUAUCGUUUCUUCUAAAGAUCUUUGCAUCCGUUGCACUAAAAAGAUAUGCCACUGUGCUGUUCUGUUAAGUGAAAGUGGUCAGUAUGCUCUAGUUGCUUAUUUAAAAUCAAUUCUAACUAUGGUUGGUUCGAAUCUCACUAGAAGCAUGAAAUCUUAUAAGUGAGGAAGCUAUCGAGCUGUCUUUGAGAGGAUCGGUAAUUCUAAUGACAUGCCAUCCCAUGCCUUCUUCCAGUAGUCAAACCUCGAAAGUUGCCAUAUGACUGAAAUAUUGCUACCGUUAUAAUAAACACCCAGGCAAAAGAAAUGAUGAAAGAAAAAUAAAGUAAUAAAAACAUUGUCAUGGGUUUAAGACUUUUAUUUAAACAAAUGUGUACAUGAAAUAAUGAAUAUUUCGUCUUCUUUAACUUACGGAUUCCUCGUCUAAGUUGAAGGAGUUGAAGUUGUAACGAAGAGGAGUUGAAGUUGUAACGAAGAGAGUAGCUUGAAUGCUGCUGUCAUCAAAGGAAGGUACACUCGUUUCAAGGUCACUAUUAACUGAAAACAGUUUCCGGAUCAUAACUUAAGUUCUAUUUUGCUCACAAUAUUCAAACUUCAUAGGAUGAUAGUCCAUAUUGUGUAGAAAAUCCCUAUUGGUUUUGGGGUCACAAGGUCAAAGUCACUAUUACCUUAAAAUUGAUAACAGUUUCAGGAACAUAACUUAACGCCCAUUUGGCCCAUAGUGUUCAAACUUCAUAGGAUUAUUGUCAAUAUUGGGUAAAAGACCCCUAUUGAUACUUUAUAUAAUUCCCAUGUCUUACUUAUGCUUCAUCCUUACUAAAAAACACUUUCGGGCAUAUAAUGCUUCGCCUAGAGGUGCCCAUGUAAAUUAUUUUACAUAAACCUUCAGCUCAAGCAUUUCUGCUAGUAUAUGGCUUAAGUUUAUCAUGAGGUACAAUUUUUGUUUGGCAUACGAGGCUUAGAAAAGUAUCCGGAAAUGUUUCAUAACUUUUUAGCUCACCUGACCACUUCAUAGAGUGACAGGGCUAUGUCCAGCAUUGUGCGUCGUCAACAAUUUGGUUGUUAACACUCUAGCAGUCACAGUUUUGAUUGGAUCAUCAUUAAACUCUAUCAGAAUGUUUGUCUCAAUUAAAUACAGGUCAAGUUCGAAUAUGGGUCAUCUCGGGUCAAAUACUAGGGUUUUGCUCAUAAAUAAUGUUCCACCUUAUAUAUUUAAUUAUCACAUGCAGUAUGCCAGUGCAGUCAGUGUCAGCUGCUGAUAUCUUCUCAUGCUGAACAACAUUUAUAAACACUUUACAGAUAACCCAUGGUUCUGCAGCCCAUAGCUGGAAACUUGCAUCUUUCCAAGUAAUGUUUGGUUAUUUAGAUUUUUUCUUUUAUAAACACAUUAAUAAAUACUGUUCACAACUUUCCAAACAGUAUAUGGUUAUAUAGAUUGCUUCAUUAUAAAUUCAUAAAUAAAACACUUUUAAGUGUUUAGUCUACUGUUAAUUGUUGGAAAUGAGUGUCCUUCCAAGUAGUGGUUUGUUAUUUCGAUUGCUUCUUUUAUAAAAUCAUAUUGAUAAAAUACUUGUCAAAUACUCCAUGGGUCUAUCUU